ACGUCUUCGCUGCUGGGUCGGGUGUGUUUUUUUUUGUUUUGUCGUCGCUGUUGCUGUUGCCGCCGCCGCCGCCGCCGCCAUGAACCGACUGUUCGGACGGGCCAAGCCUAAAGUUCCACCGCCCAACCUGACGGAUUGUAUCGGGAAUGUUGAUGGCAGAGCCGAAUCUAUUGAUAAGAAAAUUUCUCGGCUUGAUGUUGAAUUGGCCAAAUACAAAGAUCAAAUGAAGAAAAUGAGAGAUGGUGCAUCAAAGAAUAUGGUAAAGCAAAAGGCAAUGCGAGUUUUGAAACAGAAGAGAAUGUACGAACAGCAGAGAGACAAUCUAAUGCAGCAGUCGUUCAACAUGGAACAAGCCAAUUAUACCAUACAGACAUUAAAAGAUACAAAAACAACGGUGGAUGCAAUGAAAACUGGUGUCAAGGAAAUGAAGAAAGCUUACAAACAAGUCAAGAUUGAUCAGAUUGAGAAUAUACAAGAUCAACUGGAAGACAUGAUGGAAGAAGCAAAUGAUGUGCAGGAGGCCUUGAGUCGCAGUUACGGAACACCAGAGAUCGAUGAGGAUGAUCUGGAAGCGGAACUGGAUGCACUGGGUGAUGAGCUUCUAGCUGAUGAAGAUUCAUCCUAUCUCGAUGAUGCUGCAUCUGCACCAUCUAUUCCUGAAGGUGUUCCCACUGACUCAAAAACCAACAAGGAUGGUGUAUUGGUGGACGAAUUUGGCCUGCCUCAGAUCCCUGCUACUUAACACAAGCUGCUUUCAAGCAAAUUUGUAAUUAAACAUUUUUUGUAUGUAUAUUGUUAUUUGCAAAGAAUAUGUUCCAAAAUCAAAACCUGGGCUCCUCAUGAUCUUGGUCACUACAUUAUGGAAGUGUGCAUGAAAGAAUGGUACAUGUCGACAUCUUAAUGAUUAUUGCGGUGGGCUUUUAAGUUUCCAUUUAAUUCCUUUAAAUAAUGGGCAAGAAAUAUCUUGUAGAACCUUGAUUUAUAAUAUCCCUCUAACAGAACAAUGAUUAACUGCAUUCAUCUAAUAUUUUAAUCUGCAAUGGUUUCCAGGCAUGAUAGUACAGAAAAUAGAAUUGUGGAAAACUUUAUGGGAUUCAAUUAAAUUGCUGUAUGUUAAUAAACUUACUGCUCAGACAGGCCAA